GAGAGGACCGUCGUUGCCACACGUUCGUCACCGCUUUCUCUUUCUCUACUAUUUAGGCAUCACAUUCCCAAAUAAUAUACUCCACAGAGAAAAGUAGAUCAAUGGCGUCGACAACUAGCAUAAUUCAAUCUGGGUUGUUCUCAUGCGGCGGCGCAUUAGCUACGUUCACGGCGAGUCCAAGGCGUGUGGUGGUGGUUCGUGCCGAAGCUAUAAAUCCAGAUAUUAAGAAGGAUGAACCAAAAGUAGUCGACUCUGUUCUCGUCACUGAACUCUCUAAGCCUCUUACUGCUUAUUGCAGGUGUUGGAGGUCUGGGACUUUUCCUCUAUGUGAUGGAAGCCAUGUGAAGCACAAUAAGGCAACUGGAGAUAACGUCGGACCCCUGCUAUUGAAGAAACAGUAAGCCAGUAAAUGGUUGUGGUAACGUGUUAGAGCCCGUUUGGAUGGGCUUAAAAAAAAUAGCUUUUAUGUAUGAAGUGCUUUUAGAACUUUGAAGUGCUGAAAGUUAUUUUAUAAAUAAGCAGUUGGUGUUUGGAUAAAAA